AUGAUGUCAUACCUCCAACAAGGUCCCUACAUGAGCGGACUGCUGAGCGGAGCCGCCGUGGACCUGCUGCACCCCUCCGUGGGAUACCCCGUAACCAUGACGUCAUGCUCACGGUUGCACGCAGCGAACCCCCGGAAGCAGCGGCGGGAGCGGACCACCUUCACCCGGACCCAGCUGGACAUCCUGGAGGCUCUGUUCGCCAAGACCCGCUACCCGGACAUCUUCAUGAGGGAGGAGGUGGCCCUCAAGAUCAACCUGCCCGAGUCCAGGGUGCAGGUGUGGUUUAAGAACCGGAGGGCCAAAUGCCGGCAGCAGCAGCAGCAGAGCGGCGCCAAAGUCAAAGCGCAGAAGAAGAAGUCGUCUCCCGGCGGAGACAGCAGCGGCUCAGACAGCAGCGGGCCCUUCACGCCCCCCGCCGUCUCAAGCUCCGCCUCCUCCUCGUCCUCCAUGAUCAGCACCGCCUCCUCCGCCGGCGCCUCGGUGUCGUCCAUCUGGAGUCCGGCGCCUGUCUCACCGGUGCCGACGGCGCUGCCGGACGCCGUGCCCCUUCCCGCCGCUACCGCCUCCUGCAUGCAGCGCAACACGUCCUCCGCCUCUGGAGGGAUGGCGUCGUACUCGGUGUCUUACGGCCAAACGGCGGCGGCGUACAGUCAGGGCUACACGACGUCGCCGUCCGGCUCCUACUUUGGCGGAGUGGAGUGCGGCUCCUACCUGGCGCCUAUGCACACCCACCAGCUCAGCCCCAUGGCGGGCGGAGCCAUGUCGGGCCACGCCCAUCACCACCACAUUGCGCAGACGUCGCACCACCACCAGCCCCACCACCACCACCACCACCAGGCCUACGGCGCCACCGGCCUGGCCUUCAACACCUCGGACUGUCUCGACUACAAGGAGCAGACGGCCUGGAAACUCAACUUCAACGCCUCGGACUGUUUGGACUACAAAGACCAGGCGCCAUGGCGCUUCCAGGUGCUGUGA